UUCCUCCUCUUCAUCUGUCCAUGUCUCUGAAUUUACAAUAAACCAAUUCUCCCUUUUGGAUUACAACCUGAAAGGUGAUAACUUUUACUGCCAUAUAUAGAAAACUGGUUUCAGAGAUCUUCUAGUGGUUCAGCUCAGUUACUGAAGAAUGUCUUACUUAAGAAGAUCAAGAAAAAGUGCUCCUGCGAAAGCCACGUCGUUGGAGGAGCAGCAAGCAAAGAUAAAUGAAGUUCGGAAGCUGAUAGGUUCUUUGGCUGAUCGUAUACCGAACUUCUGUUCAGAUGCUUGUAUAUCACGGUACCUGCGAGCCAGAAACUGGAGUGCAGAAAAGGCGAGUAAAAUGCUGAAAGAAACUGUAAAGUGGAGGCUCGAAUACAAGCCCGAAAGUAUCCGUUGGGAUGAUAUUUCGCACGAAGCUGAGACAGGAAAGAUCUAUAGAGCUGAUUACGUCGACAAAUACGGAAGAGCUGUUCUUGUUAUGAGACCCGGAUUUCAGAAUACUACGUCGACAGAAGGGCAGAUCAAGUACUUGGUUUACUGCAUGGAGAAUGCUAUUCUGAGUCUGACGGCCGAUCAGGAGCAGAUGGUGUGGCUAAUCGACUUCCAAGGUUGGACGAUGGCGAGUGUGUCGGUGAAGGUGACUCGCGAAACUGCUCAUGUAUUGCAAGACUAUUAUCCCGAAAGGUUGGGGUUGGGGAUUCUGUACAAUCCUCCGAGGAUCUUCGAAUCUUUUUGGAAGAUAGUGAAGCCUUUUUUAGACCACAAGACAUACAAGAAGGUGAAGUUUGUAUACUCCGACGACACCGAGAGCCAGAAGAUAAUGACCGAUCUUUUCGACGUGGACAAGCUCGAAUCUGCCUUCGGCGGUCGGAACCCCUGCGUGUUCGAUUUCGAUAAGUACGCAGAAAGAAUGAGAGAGGAUGAUAAGAAGAUGGAUGCUUUCCUGAACUCUGGUGGGUCUCUCCUGUCCCAGGAAAAGUCACUCAGUUCUCUGCUCCAAAAGACAGAAUCCUCAAUCUCCGAAGCGCUUUCGGAGGCCUCAUCUGAGGAUUCUUUCUCUAGUGCUACUGAAUCUCCAAAGCAAGAAGGAAUCAAAAGCCACUCAGAAAAUGGGAUGCAGGAACAUCACUGAUGCAAUGAAGCUACAGAAGCAGUUCAAAUUGACAAAAAAUCAGUUCUUCGAGCAGGACAUUUGACACUUUUAAGGAGGCUUCAUAUGAGCAAUAAGCACAAAUGCUAAUGCAAAUCGCGGAUAAUCUAUAAACAUCCAAUAAUUAAUUUACAGCAUUUCUAUCUAUUCAAGAACUACA